CUCAAUUGUAGAAGCACUUUGUAAAUAUGGCGUUGGCCCAGCACUCUCCACGCCGUCACCGUUCUCCCUAUUCGUCGUCAUCUCCUAUGUAUACAAUACCACACUUUGGAAGAGCCUCGGAUGUUAUAGCCGAAGCUCGAGCGUCACUGAAACAUCCUACAAGACCUUUUACACCUGCACCAAAUAAGAGAGAUAGAGAAAAAGGAUUGAUCUGGAAUGAGGGAAACAAUAUAGAUGAGGCAGAUUAUCGUAGAUUUAUAGCAGGCAGAAGAACCGUCCCGAUCGCUCAUCAAUCUCCUCAUCGGCCUCUUGCCUCCCCUCUUCCGCGACGUCUCGAGCCUAUUUGCUCAGCCGAUCGUUUGCAUGCGGCAACGGCAACUGAAUCUCAAGAUGACGCCGACGACGAAGCGGGUUAUUAUCCCUCCAAUAAGCUUAGUGUCGAUCAUGCGAGUGAGAGCAUCCAGUAUUUUCCGACUCCGGCCAUGACACCAAUACCACCAAUGGACUCUCCAAGUUCCUCGCGCCCAGAAACUGCUUCACCCCCACGGUCCAAGAUCGAUGAAGACCAGCAUUGGACAUGUAUUAUCGAUAAGCUGCGCGCUCUUACAUCACAAGGAUCAAGCAACCUCCUGGAGCGGUUUUUGGAAGUUUGCAGCGCAAUGAGUGCUGCUCAUUGGCUGCGACAUGGGCAAGACAAGACACAGGAACGACGACAGAGAGAAUAUGUGAUGAGAGAGAUCAUAAAAUGGAUGGAUACUGCCGGUGAGCCGGAGGUGGCGAUAGCCGGAUGCAAGAUCGUUCUAAAUAUCACACGACAUGAUCGAGUUUUGGCCAACGCUUGCAAGCUUCUUUUCAAGCUCAGUAAAACGGAAAGAAACGAUGCAUUUUUUGCCGACUAUCAAGUGUCUGACGGCCUGGUCGAUUUCAUCUCUCGAUACUUGUCUGGCCUCCGGCCGCCUAAAACCCUAUUUGGUCCUCGAUGUGCGCUCCUCACGUAUGCAAUAGCAACUCUGAGAAAUAUCUCGCACGGGGACCAGAAUGGAAAGGCUGUUGUAACGGCCGGGGGAGUGAGAGCUCUUGGGCGGGCUAUGAAGAUGAUAACGGAGCUGGACCUUCGACAUCGGCCUGAUGAUCAGUUUAUGCAAGCUAUCCAUCUUCUCAUUCAAACUACAGCGGCUCUACGAAAUCUUAUAUCGUCUCAAGAGCACUAUAUAUGCUUUCUUCAAAUUGUCAGCAAAGGAGACUCGCAAACAGUAGUGGAAAUAUUGGUGCGGCUACUCCAUCCGGACGUAGGAUUACAUGAUUCCCCAGAGAUCAUGUUGAGCGUAUGCCGGAUUUUGAGUAAACUGUCGCUAAACCCCGACUUUCUUCCCUACCUCGGCGGUUCACAAAACAUUGACGCAUUCCUGCACCUUCUUGUAAAGUAUCAAGCUGACAAGCACAACCUACAGCCGCUCUUGGUUCGUAUCUGCUUCAUCCUGGGAAAUCUGACCACAACCCUGUCCACCGACCAUGCGCAUUUGAGAAGCGGUAUAUCGGAUUUGGUUGCCUUGUUGGGAAUGUAUAUUUCUGUUGAGGUUGGAACCGACAGCGAGGAAGAGGAAGAAUAUGGAGCAUAUCAGGGAAAGGAGACGGAAGAGGUGUUGAUAAAGCUCAUCCGACUCCUUGCCAACAUCGCCAUCGAUCCCGUUGGUGGGCAAAGGAUCGUGGAAAUGAUCGAGAUUGAGGCUCUGGUGGACUUACUGGGUCAUAAACCUGUGACCGACCACGAAGAGCUGGUGCUUAAUAUUGUUGGAGCCCUCGCGAACUUUUCAUUUUACCAAGAAGUGAAUAACUACGUUAUUUCACGAAAGGUGGAAAUAGCAAAAUAUAUGAUUAACCUUCUCUUGCACAAUAACCCGGAGGCGGUGGUGGAGGCGUUGAGGAUAUUGGCGAAUCUGUCGCACUACUCUGAUGUGCGAUCAGUGAUGGCGAAACAACGAGGCACGGAAAUUUUGACGAUCUUGCUCGAUCAUGCUAAUCGAAGUGUUCUAUAUCAAACCUGCGGCGUCUUGAUCAAUGUGGUCUCCCCAUCAACGACUCCUGGAGGUGGAUCAUGCAUCCACCGUUCCAUCAUUACGCAAAACGAUGGAGUCGAAAAAUUGGUUGAGUGCAUGGAAGAUGCCCUGGCGAAGGAUGACUACGACCUAGCCGCAGUUGCAGAGAAGGCAUUGCAUAAUAUUGAAAUGUGCUCUGCCUGGUCACAGGCCUAACCAGUAUAACAGAUCCUGGCUUCGUUUAUAAAACAAUUUAUUAUCCGCCCAUACCUUUCACAAAACAUAUCAUACCAUACCAGAUCGACGUAGUAUCUAAGUAUGAUGGAUCUUUUGUCAGCGUGACCUACACACUAGAACAAAUACGAGGGUUGUCACUCAUGAUAAAACUUUCCAACAUCAUCGAACACGGCUAGCGGUUUCGGACUCCUGAUGCUGCCACAAAUGUUGUGAGUAUCCUUGAUUUGC